AUGGCGACCCGGGUACGCACUGCCGGGCGGUUCGCAAACCUGGUAGGAUCCGAUUCAGAUUCGGACCUGGGAGGCAUGGAGAGCCUCCCUCGCAAGAGGCAGAGCUCGGUCACCAGAGGCGCAGCAUCUAAUCGAAUUUCGAAGCCCUCGUCAAAACUGGCGGGAUCAAUCGACAAGAAGGCCCCGCGCCGACUAUCACCGGGACGACCGGUGCUGCUGGACAAGAGCAAUCUCAAUGCGACACGUCCGUCAUACAAGAGCAGAGAUGAGAAGCCGAGUCGCGCGACCCACGAUGAGGUCUUUGAGGAGGACAGCAUGCUGAAAUCGCACCCAUCAAGCGAGUCUCGCAAGAAGCAGCGGCUCGAAGAUUCGCGACCUGUUAAGCAAAGUUUCGCGACGACAAAGCGAUAUGUAUCUUCACCACAGCGCGCAGCCGAUCGCUACCCGAGAAAAUAUGCGGCAGAGGUAGAAGACGAUGCUGAGGUGGACAUGGUAGACGUGAUCGAACAGGAAGAGGAGGAGGUUCCGAGGCCCGCGAGCCGGCCAACGACAGUCGCGCCGGUUUUAUCCCGCGCGCGUCCGAUAAGUCAACCACAGAAGUCACAAGGAGAUAGCUCCAUGUUGGAGCGCUGCUUACGCGAGAUGACGAGGAAAUACGAGAAUCUCGAGGGCCGGUACACUGAGCUUCGGGAGGUUGGCGUCGCGGCCGCCGAGCGCAACUAUGAGAAGCUGCGCAAGCAGGCCGAUGAGAAUGCAGCGACCGCAAGCAAGCUGAUCGCGAAGCUCAAGGAGGAGCUAGCCGCGCAACGGCAAGCCUCCGGUGACACUGAAUCGCUGCGCCGGCAGCUACAAGACAGCCAAAGCAAUGCACAGGACCUCUCCGAUAGGGUCGCGGAGCUCACAAACUCGCUUGCCGAGUCCGAACGCCAGAUCAAGGCCCUCAACGCCAAACUUGCCGCCAGUCGAGCCGCUCCCGGAAACGCCAUUCCCAGCAGCGCGGUCAAGGGCAAUGCUGCAAAGGCUUGGACAGGCCAAUCGGAGCUAGUCCACGCCGCGCAUGCCAAGGAGGACUUGUACGCGGACCUGACAGGUCUCAUCAUCCAAGGGGUGAAGCAGGACGGCAACCAGGACAUUUUCGACUGCAUCCAGACUGGCCGCAAUGGCACGCUACACUUCAAGCUCGGUGUCGCCGGGAGCAGCUCCACGGCCAGCUACGAAGAGUCCAUGGUCCUGUACAGCCCGCAGUUGAAGGCUGAUCGAGAUGCCGACUUGAUCGGCCGCUUGCCGAAAUAUCUUCGCGACGAGAUUGGGUUCAAACGACCGCAAGCAGCUAACUUUUACAGCAAAGUGGUCAGGGCAUUAAGGGAGAGGCAAUCGAGGGGCGAGGAGUAA